UUCAUAUGUGCUUUGGUCGACAGAUGGCGCGCGUGUUUGUUUACCAGACGAGAGUAGCGGCAGGAGGCGACCACUGUUUCCCAAUACUGGAAUUACCAAUCAUCGGCAAUUUCAACAUCUUAGUAGAAAACAGUCGUGGGCAGUAUCACCAACACAUCCUCCAUGACCAUGAGUGCCGCCGACAUGACGACACAAGACAAUAAUUCUAAAACCAUGGGGGAAAAGCCAAGUCAGACAAAUCCAGUUGAGCAAUAUAUCUUAUUGGCUAAACAAGCAAAAGGAGCAGCUGCUGUUCAACUAGUGAAACAGGUACUGGAGGCACCAGAAGUCUAUGUGUUUGGGGAACUUUUGGAUAUGCCAAAUAUUACAAAUCUAAAAAAUAAUUCUCAACAUGCACCGUAUUAUGAACUUCUACAACUUUUUGCCUAUGGCAUUUAUGGUGACUAUGCAAGAGAGUCAUCCAAGUUUCCAUCAUUAACUCCAACAAUGCUAACCAAGUUGCGACACCUAACAAUUGUUUCAAUGGCAACAGGACAGAAAAGCAUCCCACUAGUAACUCUUGGCAGCCAGCUGGGUCUUGCCUCAACACGAGAGUUGGAAGACUUAAUUAUUGAGGCUAUGUACACAGAUAUCAUACAUGGAAAGCUGGACCAAAAAAAUGGCAUAUUGGAGCUUGAUCAUGCUAUUGGCCGGGACAUAAAGCCAGAGGAUUUGCCUAACAUUGUAGCAACUUUACAGUCUUGGUGCGACACAUGUGAUACCAUGCUCACUAAUAUUGAUCAGCUGAUCACCCGUGCUAAUUCAGACAAGGAAAAACAUCUUAAGCAUCGCAAUUCAUUAGAAGCCGAGGUUUUGAACAUCAAAGCUUCCCUUAAGACUCAAGCUCAGGAAGGAGACGAGGCUCUGGUAUCGGAUUCACGUGACCAUGAUAAAAAACGGCCUGCAAAGAAAGGAAUCCGUGCUUCAUCUUCCAAGUUUUGGCCCAAAAGCUCUUAACAUUUUUAAACGUAUUUAGUGUGAAUUGAUUUAAUAUAUUUAGAGAGGUUGAAGCGUCUAAUCUUGGAAAUGUAAAAUUUUUCUGUAUUUUUAAAGAAAGGUAAAAUACAGGAAAACUUUUCAUGUACAAUAAUUAUUUUACGAGAUUAAAAUGAUUGUUUCUGGAAUGUAAUACAGUAGUGUAUGUUGGCAGGCAUAUGCUUGGCUCAUUUUGUUAUGUACCUAAUAUUUUUUUCUAUUCUUUAGCAGCAGUUGUCAAAAAUAUUUCUAAGGACCUAUGUUUUCACAUUAUAUUUUUGGUUUAGAACUAUCAAAAUUAGCAAGCAAAUAACUUAAGAGUUAAACUGUUGGUAUUAAAGUUUUCUUAAUCACUGUAUGUAUUGUAGAUAAUUUCCUCUGAGUAAAUUAUGCAAAGUUGAAAA